CUAAUAUAAACAAGAAUGCCGCCGAUAAUAUUCAUAAAAUGCGACACUGUACUUUGUGAGACUUAAAUUGAUAUUGUAUUCUAAAAUUUCUUAAAAAAAAAGCAAAAAAUGGAAAAUGAACAAAACGAUAACGUCAACAGAGAUGAAUUGAUAAUGCAACAGCAAAGGGAUAUCGAAAGAGAGAUAAGUGACACAAUUCCUUUGGUUAGUGAAAAGUUGCCGGUGAACUGCUUGAAUGCCGAAUAUAUAGGGGAUGCUGUAUUUACAUCUAAAAUUGAAGAUUUGUCCGCUAAAUAUUCGCAUCUUAGGCGUACUCGUCCAGAUGGAAACUGUUUUUUUAGAGCUUUUGCGUAUGCUUACUUGGAACACCUAAUCUCGAACAAGGAAGACUAUGAUAAGUUUCGGCAGUUAGGCGAAAACUCCAAAGACAAACUAGUACAAUUAGUUCCUAGUUUUACGCUGGAGGAUUUUCACGAAACUUUUAUGGAAGUUGUUAAGCGUGUGGAUCCGUCUACGUCCAAUCCAGACAUAUUGAGCGAACAGUUACACAAAAUAUUUAAUGACCAAGGGUACUCUGAUUACGUAGUGGUAUACCUGAGGUUGCUCACAUCAGGAAAACUUCAAGAGGAGGCUGAUUUUUACCAAAACUUUAUUGAAGGCAAUUUUACCAUUGAGGAAUUUCGACAUCAGGAAGUGGAACCCAUGUACAAAGAGUCGGAUCAUAUUCACAUCAUUGCUCUCUGUUCUGCUCUCGGAGUAGGCGUACGAGUGGAGUAUAUGGAUCGGGGAGAAGGUGGUACUGUAAAAGCUCAUGACUUUCCAGAAGGACAAACACCUAAAGUUUUUCUAAUUUAUCGACCUGGUCAUUAUGAUAUUUAUAUCCUAAAUAAUGUAUAUUGUUUUACUUCUACUGAAAUAUUAUGAAUUCUAUGAAAAUGAACUACUUCAGUUUACUAUAAAAAAAAAAAAAACUAAA